AUGGACUGCGCGUACAGCACCGACGAGAGGCUUAUCAAAAAGCUGCCUCAUCGCGGGCCUCCGGCACUCAAGAGGGUCAGGUACAUAUUUCGUUUGUCUGACGUGUCGCAGAAUCAUAGUCCUAGAGCGGAUCCCCCUGGUUCUUAUCUGGCUUCUCUUCCCAUCCGCGAUGGCGCACAGAUGGCGACGUAUCUGACACGGUCUGUGAAUCGGAGGCAAUCAAAGCAUGCCAUUAUUGUCAUCCAUGGUAGUCUCCGCGACGCAGACAACUACUGGUCUGUCAUGAAUGCCACUGUUAUGGCACAAAUCCAGGCUGGUAACCCUAAUGUGGAUCCAAACGUUGUCAUUGCCGCGCCCUUGUUCUAUUCAACGAAUCUUAAUAAAGGAGAAUAUACUAGUUCACAACUUGCCUGGGGCGAUAUCAAUGUCUGGCAAGCUGGCGAGCAGUCCAACCACCCCAAAGGCGUAAGCGUUUCAUCCUACGAAGUCAUGGACAAUCUUAUCCGGUACUUUUCUGACAAGUCUCGUUUCCCGCAGAUCCAGAAUAUCACUGUGGCUGGCCACAGUGGAGGUGCGCAAGUUUCGGCGCGUCUGGCAGCCGUCCUUCCUAGUUUACCCAAUGUUCAUGUUCGAUUUUUAGUGGGUGAUCCAAGCUCCAAUGUAUAUUAUACGCACGACCGCCCUAUCACGAACACUUCUAUGGUUGACAAAGCUCAUUGCUCUCUUUACAAUACAUGGCGUUAUGGAUUCGACAAGUUUGAUAUCAAACCCUACGCGGGUCAUGAGCCUACGAGGUAUUUCCGAAACUAUGCGUCUCGCGACGUGGUAAACCUCGCUGGUCUGCUGGAUGUUGAAAAUAAUGGCGACCAGGAGUGCAUGGCCUUACUUCAAGGCGGCACUCAGAGAGUUCAGCGCAAUUUGGCAUUCUGGAAGUACAUCAAUCUCUUGGGCGGCACGAAUCUAGAUGUCUCUGGCUACCCGGGCAAUUUUUCCGAUGUUCCCAAUUGGAAGCAUCACCUCUCGGGUCCUUUCCAACCCCGGUUGAUUGUGGCUGGCAAUUGGUCGCACGACGUCGAAGUUUUCGGAAGUGAUGAGGGUGUAUCUGCUUUGUUUGACACCGAUCUAAUUUCGGGCUGGCAUCCCGGCGAUUCCCCCCUUUUCCCUAUUAGUAGCAACAUUACGGACACGCCUGUAUCUUCUGACGCUCAUUCCCAUCUCAACUCUGGAACACUCGCUGGUCAUCCGUUGUCUAUGGUCACACUUUGCUGUAUUAUUUGGCUCGGUUUUCUUGGUUACUAUAGCACCCUCUUUUCAUACUUGUGA